UACUACUUGUAGUUUACCACCACACGGUCUCAUCGUUUCAACAUAGACAGGAAGUCAAACUUAAUCCAUCAAUAUUUUGAAAUGAAAACUCUGUUUCUGCUACACAUCUGUUGGCUGGAAAUCAUCACAGGAAUCAGAGGGGAACCUUCAGUGGACCAGUAUGGGUUGAAGGGGGGUUCAAUAUGUCUGGCUGUUGCAGAACCUGAGAUUCUCAAGGGACUUAAAUGGAAGACGGACAGUGAUAUAAUAGUUGAUGAUAAAGAGAUCUCUCCUAAAUACAAGGAAAAGGUGGAUUAUAACUAUGUGAACCAUUCUCUGUGUAUAAAGAAUCUGUUGAACACAGACAGUAGAAUGUACAUAAUAAGUGCAAUUAACCAGAGAGACUGGACAUAUUCAACUACCACAUACAGACUAAAGGUGCUGGAUCAUGUUCCCAAACCAGUCAUGGAUGUCACAUCUCUCCUCAACACAAGUGUGGGACUCUGUGAUGUCACAGUGAACUGUUCAGUUAAAGAUGGCUGGAUGUUGUCUGUCUGUGGCUGGGGACAGUGUACACUGUCACAACAGUUAAUGUCUCUGUCUGAGGUCAACAUCAUCAUCUCCAAUGGGAACGGGACUAUCCAAUGCUCCAGCAGCAACUACGUCAGCACACAGACCAUCUAUCAACCCAUGGAGGACUGUAUUGGUGAGAAGGAUGCCAAAGCUUCAGCAUUAUCAGUCAGGACUGUUGCGGCCAAUAUUGUUCGAUCAGUGAUUGUCUGUGUUGGAUUGGCAGUCACCAUAAUGGCCAUUAACAAGAUCAAGAGAUGGAUAUCCUCAAAAGAAGAUGACUCAACUCAGGAAGUCAUCGUUGAAGUCGCUGACACUUCAGUGAAUGUUUCAGCAGAGGUGAGGCCAGAACCACUGGGCCCUCCUGAGGUAAAAAAAAAACACUUUACAGAAAUGUGCAGAAACCAGGACAGCAACACUGAAUGGACUUCACCCAAUUGACCAGCAUUUUGUAUGAUAUACUGUAAUACCAUGGGACAAAUAUUGAAAACAUUUAAUUUAGUAUUAUCUGCAGUGUAUCUGCUUAAAGGGAGAGCCGUGUCGGGUCGACUUCAACAACAACUAAGAGCAUUGAAGCAUGAGGCUAAACUCUGCAUGUUUUGAUGUGAAGAACACCCUACACAUGAACAUAUACUCUGUGAGUACAAUGUCUUGCUCUGCGCUUGUCUACAAAUUCUGUGGUUCAUCUGCUGGUCGUGGCAACGUCAUAUCGCUAUGUCUCAGUUUAAUGCAACUUGGGUUUUGGAAUAUUGAAUAUCACACUUCGGUUGUGUUUUUGGAAUGCUGAAUGUCACAUUUAUUUGUGUUUUUGGAAUGGUGAAUGUUAAACUUAUUAAGUUCUUGUUUUUACCCCCAAAAAUGAAUAAAUGAUGAAUUGAAUCAAUGAACUGAAAUAAAUGAUUAAUUGAACCAUCACUGUUCAAAUUUAAGAUUACACAGUCAAUACAAUGCGUUGUGGAAUUGCUCCACAUCCUGUCUAAUUAAAAAUAGUACCGGUUUCUGAACUUGACCUUGUGUUUAAGGCUGCUGCCUUGGUACAUGUAGAUUUUCCCUGCCUGUGUUGGUACGAGUCCUGGCACCUACCAGACCUACUCUGUACCUCCUUCUCUCGGUCUCCCCUUCAUUUUAUAUGUGUCUCGGUCAUUGAAAAACAAUCAAUACU